AUGGCAAGGCUUCGUCGUUGACAGUGGGACGGGGAUCCGAGAUGGGCAGAAUGUCUCUGGCUGCUUAUUGUGUGGUUUGCUAUAGAAAGAUAGGAACUUUAGGUUCUACAUGGAAAGUUGAUCAAUCAUGGAAAGAUAUCAGAAAAAUUGUGAAGUUAACUGGCUCACUUAUUCUGGGUGGUUGUAUAUUUGUUACUUAUGAAGUUCUGACUUUAAGGAAAUUAUUCAGUUUUGAUACCCAAGUGGUACAACAAGAAAAACUGAAAUCCUACAUCUACUUACAAACAGUUUCUUUAGAUCAAAGUGACUAUCAAGGAGUUAUAUAUCAAGUGAGAAAGAAACUUCACCGUGCAGCCAAGAAAAUUAUAGAAAUGCAUGCUCGAAUUUUCCAAAAGCCCUUUGAUGAACGCUUCAGUACACUUGAUGCAGAAGAGCGCGAUUAUGCCUUGUGGUUGCUUGUGAAAAGAAGUCAAUCAAAUGAUAAAAUGGUCCGGUUACAAGCUGUGCAGGAAUUGGCCGCCAAUCGUUACUGGCAUGAUUAUCAGUACAGGACUGUUGCCCAAACAAGUGACCAGAGAAUGGCCAUUGCUUUAGCUCGGAGUAAAGAUGUUGAUUUGAGAUUUUUCCUGCCGCCUCAUCUUUUACUGAAUCCAAAAGAUACUUGUUGCUUAGAAGAUGAACUUCGACUGCUACUGGUAUCUUUACCUCAAACAGAUCUUGACCAGUGUGUGCAGUAUUUUACUUCUUUAGCUUUAAGAGAAAGCAGCCAGACCAUAGCUGCCCAAAAGGGGGGCCUAUGGUGUUUUGGAGGUAAUGGGCUUCCAUAUUGUGAAAGUCUUAGUACCAUACCAGCAAAGACAGUGGAACUCUUCUUUCUGCAAGCUUUAGUGGAACAUUCCAAGAUCCCUAGCCAUUGUAAUAAAAUUGAAGCAAACAAGGGACUUCAACUGCUACAAAAGUUGUAUCACCUCCAUAGAGAUUCUCGCAAAAUACAAAGAAGUAUCAUUCACAUAAUUGGAAAUAUGGCACUAGAUGAACAUCUUCAUGCAUCCAUAACACGUGCAGGAUGGGUUUCUAUAUUAGCAGCUAUGAUGAAGUCUCCACGCGUCAUGGAAUCCUCUCACGCUGCGAGAGCCUUGGCUAAUCUGGACAGGGAAGUGGUGCAAGAAAAGUACCCAGAUGGUGUAUACAUUUUACACCCACAAUGUCGAACCAAACUUGGUUAGCAUCUGACUGCCCAUCUCUUAGAAUUAUUUCUGUGGAAUAUGAUACCCAUCUUAGUGACUGGAGAACCAAAUGUCCCGUAGAGAGCUACAGAGAAUCUCUUGCGUAUCGAAGUACUGAGCUUCUCAAGAAACUAAGAGCUGCUGGGAUUGGAGACAGGCCUCUCAUAUGGCUGUCACAUAGCAUGGGCGGCCUUUUAGUCAAGAAAAUGCUGCUGGAUGCUUCCAUGGACCCUGAAAUGGCUCCCAUAGUGGACAGCACACAGGGAAUUGUGUUUUAUAGUGUUCCUCACCAUGGCUCCCGGUUAGCUGAAUAUUCUGUAAAUAUUCGAUUUCUGCUCUUCCCUUCUGUGGGAGUCAAAGAGCUCAGCAAAGAUUCGCCUGCCCUGAAAGCACUGAAUGAUGACUUCAUCUCUUUUGCCAAGAAUCAGAACUUUCCAGUAUUAAGCUUUGCAGAAACUUUGCCAACACGAGUUGGCAGAAUGCUGAGUCUGCAUGUCGUGCCAGUGGAAUCUGCAGAUUUGGGCAUUGGAGAACUCAUUCAGGUAGAAGUUAGCCACCUCAACAUUUGCAAACCCAAGAACAAAGAAUCUUUCCUAUAUCAACAAACCUUAAAGUUUAUUCAAGAGUCUCUAAAAAGGCAGCUGGGAAAUCACUGAAUGGCAGCACCGUGCAUAUUUGUUCUUUUACUGGAGCAGUUAUGCUAACUUUUCUUUGAAUCUAGGCCUGUCCUUGGCAGGGCGGCUGUUUUAUUACACUCAAGCUGGUAUUUUUUUAAAAACAUUGCCAAGUGGGAAACUGUGGGUGUAUUUCUGGUGUUGUAUAUUGUACAAAGCGUUUUUGUUCAUUUUGAGUUCCAUUUAAUGCUUGACAAGGAAACAGUUAUCUGGGCUCCUAGAAGGUUUUUUCACUGUUUUGUAAGCAUGUGUUUUAUCUAGAGAUCUUCGUUUUCUGCUCAAUAUAGAAACGAAGCUACUAUGCCAUUAAUGAUUAUCCUAUACUACUUUAUUCAGUCACUGACACUAGAUGGAUGGGAGCACUUGACCUUUUAUGUACUGUGCAUACUGGAGAGAAAAUGCACUAAUGCCAUAAAUCUACUCUCCCGUGCUGAUGUACUUAUGCACCCAUAUUGCAUGAUAUCAAUUUGUUUACAGACAUUCUGAUAUUUUAAAUAUAGUAGAAAAUAUGUGUAAUAACAAAUGAAUUUGGACCCUAACCUGUGUUUUUGCAGCUGGAUGCCAACUGAAAAGAAGGGUAUACUGUAAAUCUGCUAUCAUACAGUGUUUGGAAAGCUGUUAUAAGCCCAGAACUGUUUACUCCAAAGAACUGAAGCAGUUUCUUAAUUCUAUGACGACAGAUUUUCCUGUGGUCAUCUUAUACCAAUAUGCCGCACGAAGUAACAAAAGAUUCAGAAUUGUUGCUUGAUUUUGCAUAAAAGGCUGGAUUAGUCAAGGGGGCACUUGAGAUGAAUCCCAAUUAUGUCUUUACUACUUAAAUUUUUGUAAAACUCAGAAGAUAAAAUUCAGUCUCAAUGUAAUCUGAGUCGCCUGCCAAAUACAUAUUUUGCAAUAUUGAAAAUGCAAAACACUCCAGGUAGAAAUCCUUCCCUUUGGCUGGUGCCAUUUAUGUAUUUUGAAUCUUAAGUUAAUAUAAUGUAUAAAGCAGUUGUUCAGUUUCAGCAUGAAGCCAAACCAUGGCUUGAUUUUUCAUGUAAAUGAAAAAAAUAUUCCUAAAGAUUGUCCUGUUUUUAUGUUCCAUUUACUUAAAAUCCCAGUGGUAAAACAACUGCCAUAAUUGUGAGUUGGAAGCCACCACUGAUAUUGUCAGAUGUUUCAAACCAUAGUGUGGAGUUAUAGAGAACCUUGUAAACUUUAUCUAUGAUUUAGAAUGAUAAAUUAAGCCACUAUGUUUGUAGCAAAGCAGAUUCCUAUUGUAGACAAAGGGGAAAUGAUUAUCCAUAUCAAUUGGCUGCAUUUCCUUGUGUCAAAAAAAUAUUUCUAACUGUCAGAGCCAUCUGAAGUAUACAUUCCCAUUUCCACCCACCCCAAACAACAUGUAAUUUACCUACUGUAAUAUUUUGUGUGUGUACUAAAUAAUAUUUUGUAUAUACUUUUUCAGGCAACUCUUGAUUUUUUUUACUACUGCAGCUGAUUAAAAAAGGACAUGUCGUAAACAUAAAAAUACUUGAUCAUUACAUUGCUAUGUAGUUAUAACAUUACACAUUUAGAAAAAAACCCCACCAUAAAUUAUUCUUCCAGAAUAAAAACUUUCCAACAAUUUACCUAUCACUAGGCAAUUUAUAUGUAAUGAAGUAAACAAUAUGUGAAUUAUUUAUGAUGUCAAAUGUAUGAAUACUGUUGUGUCUAAAUGGAUACAUGAGUCAAUAGCAUCAUGAAGCUACUGGUGUUGAAUGGAUUAAUUUAUGACUAUGAUUUGGUCUUGAAGUAACUGAAAUUCAGCUUUGCUUUCCUGAAAUUGCCUGUGACUUUCUAAAUACUUAUUUAAACAGUUCUUUUUUAUUAAACAUUU